AUGUUUUCCGAUGCAACAUCCAAUUCUUUCUCAACUCCAGACUCCUCAACUCCAGGUUCCUUGUCUCGAGCUCCAAGUCCACAUUCACGCUCUGCAGACGAGGAGGCAUUCUUGGAAUGUAUCGAAGCUAUCAAAGCCAAUCUAGGAGACGUCAACGUUAUCAAAAAAGCUAGCGAUAAAGAAAAAAAAUGGUGGAUUGAUGGAAAUUAUAAGGCUAUCGAUGAGGAAAGACUGCCUCUGCGUCUCAUGGAAAAUGUAACGUACCGUGAAUAUGAAAAGAAAAGUGAAAUUGCAAACGCAGGCAGAUUUUGGGAGUUUGAUGAUGGCGUUGUAAUCAUAUAUGAGUUGCCAAACCGUGAUCAUGAGGUUGCACACACUGCGUUUUCUCGACAAUUUCUAUCCGCCUUCACCAAUCUACAAUUUCAAGAUGAUGUUACGGGUGCUGGAGCGACAACUUGUCUUGGUUCGGGGCGAAGAUCUGCCAGACAAGCGGACACUUCAUUUGUGCCCAAUCGCUUACCUAUACCAUCUCCUCAUCCAAGUGAUGCUCAGGGUAAUCCCUGGCCAACCGUAGUCUGUGAGGUUGCCCGAUCCCAAAGCCUUCCACAUAUACUCCAAAAAACCAAUUCGUUCUGGUUAGCCCCAAACCGGUCAGAAGAUGUGAUAGUACUCAAACUAUGGCCAUGGAAUCGUAGGAAGGAUACAAAUGGGCGCCCAUUGCGUCGCUUAACAUGUUAUAAGUUUUGUCGUCGUGCAAGCCUUCAAGCAGGUCAAGCACAAGGAAGGUUCCAGCCAGUCCAAACGUACGAAUUUGGGACCAUUGAUAGACAUCGAAGACCUUAUAAUGGUUGCUCAGCCCAGGGAAUGCUUACCGUGACAAUUGCGCCAGAAUGUGUUUAUGAAGGUUGUACUCCACCAUAUCCGCCGUAUCCGCUUGCAGGGAAC